UUGAAAUGAACUGUACUGUAGGCUAUCCAACAUUAGCCCUAGCAUGCCUAGGCUUACAUUACAUCAUCCGUUUUAAAGGUUUAGUCAGUGCAUAGUUAUGUAAUCUAGUUUGACGUUUCAGGGCUCCUUGUUAUUUUAAGAUCUGUGUCAUCGCUUAACUCUGUCUAAAUAGAUGCUUUGGCUCUUUGGCGGCGCAGGCCCGUGUCUACUUAACAAGCUUGGCAAGUCCACAUCAUCAGUCAUAAUGAUAUUAUAUCAAGACAGCACAUCGGACAGAAACCUUUUUGGCGGUAGUAAUAUUGAAAACUCUGUACAUUUACACGAUGAAUAGGUGAUCCCCGCAUGCAUAACGACUUCCUAUUUCACUGAUUUGGAAAAGUAACACAUCAACGUUUAUAAAUCCCUUCAUAAAAUAAUGGCACCUCUGCAACUUGCACACCUCCUUCGCUUUAUUUGUAUAUUGGGAUUCUGUUUUAUAAGCUGUGUGGUGGCCGCCUUUGGAUUUGGGAGUGACCGAAUCCUGUUAGACGAUGUCAAAGUCCUCACUCUGUACGACAGUAAAAUGACACGGGGAAGACGCAGUAGCCCCGUCCCACAGCUGAAAUGCGUCGGUGGAUCGGCGGGAUGUUCAGCUUUCAGACCCCAGGUAGUCCAGUGUUACAACCGAGGAUCAGACGGCUACGACAUACAGUGGGAAUGUAAGACGGACAUGGACAACAGUUACAGAUUUGGGCAGAUCGAGGUGACCUGCGAGGGCUAUAACUCCCCUGAUGAUGAGUAUGUUUUGAAGGGCUCCUGUGGUUUGGAGUACACGCUGGACCUCACUAAAGAAGGCAUGCAGUCGCAGAAGUACCAGAACCAACACAGUUACUAUGGCGACGACGGUUACCACAGCAGCAGUUACCAGGGACACAGGCGUAAGAGUUCCAGCAUCGGCGACUGGAUCACGCUGGCCAUAAUUGGCGUCAUCAUCUACGGGGUCUACCGUAGCUGCAUUGCCACCAGCACCCACAAUCCAGAUAGGCCUGAUGACGGCUACCCACGACAUACCGGCUACGGGUCAGGCUUCGGUUCGGGCGGUGGCCCACCACCCCCAGGCUUCCGUCCCGGCUACGGCUCCGACAGCUGCUCUGGCUCCCAGGGAGGUGGGGCAUUCGGAACAGGGGGCAGACAGGGAGGAAUGGGUGGAGGGGGAUUUUGGAGCGGCGCUGCAACAGGGGGAAUUCUGGGAUACCUGUUCGGGAGCAGAGGAAAUCGGGGCUACGGUUACGGUUACGGCGCGCCUACGUAUGGGCGUCGUGGCUACAGCACCGGUGGCUUUUUUGGAGGGGGCGGGGGCAGUGGCUUCAGGGGAGGUGGAUUCAGUGGGGGAAGUUUUGGCGGAGGGGGUUCCUCAGGCACCAGAACGGCGUCCGGUUUUGGUUCAACAAGGAGGCGUUAACCGGAAGAACGAUUGUGCUGAAGGUACCGUGGAAACAGAUGCCGUGGAAACAUUUUCAAAGCAGUGUGCACUUUAUAUAAUCUGUAUAUGUUUCAUUGAUGUAUAAUUCUUUUCUUUUCUAUCCACUUGUUCACAAUUUGACGAUAGGAAUUUAACUCAAAUUAAAAAUGAAAUUUAAGGUAGAAUAGUUCUGUCACUAAAUGCACACGCGCACUUAUGCCGCGAAAAUAUUUAUUACUUUUACCAAGUUGCACAUGAGUUGGAAAUAUGUAACAUUUUUUUAUAUUAAAACUUUAUCUGUCUUGUAUAUUUUUAAUAUUCCAGAAAUAAGAUCUCAAAUUAAUUGUUUUCAAAAAAGUAUAUUUGUUAUGGUGGUCUAAUUGAUGCGGAGCACACCAGUUUGUUGUUUUUAAAAUGGUGUAACGGCUGUAAAAUGCCAAAAUUAGUCCAGUCUCUGAGUUUGAUGGACGGGUUGGGGGGUGUUUCUGGAUCCGCCAGUAAUAGGUGGUUCUCAUCAGUGAACAACAUAUCAGUGUACAGUAUUAGAAUUUUAGGGUAGGCUAUAAAUCUGGGGUCCAAUUUGUUUGAUGUCCCUGUCAGUUCCGACAUCAGGUUCUGUACGUUUAGAACACAUUCUUUAAUUUCCAAGAGUGAUCAAAGUGAUCAAGUAAGGCAAAUUACCUGCCAAACAAGUAAGAAUAAUUUGAAGUCAAUUUCUGUGAUGCAGGUUGGGCGUAGCGCUUGGAUAUAAUUAUGGAGACCACCGAGACACUUGGCUGUGAAUAAAAUUGGAGAAGCAUGACUUCAACUGCCCGAGGUCCAUUUUUGUGGACCUCACACAUCCUGUAGUGGUGACAAUUUGAAUUUGAAUGCGCAUCUGGAAUGUUUUAGAGAGUUGUGUGCAAAAACACGAAAACCACCACAUAUGCACGCUGUGUACAGACGCACAACUCGGUGGCAUGGGUCUACCGCAGAAUUUUUUUCAAUCUUUUGGGAAUCUUUUUUCGAAUCGAGUUUUGGAGCUUCGCCCCACUCCUUUGAGAUCCCUGGGCAGCGGCUUAACUACUGGAAAACACACGUUGAACCCCACUUUCUCUGUUGUACAUAUCCAGCAUACCUGCCAACGUCUUCCUGAGGUCAGGCAUCACCACCUAAUAGAUCAGAAUUUUAAAUGAACCGAGGGCUCAUUUAAAUACAUUUUAAUCUAUUGUGUGGUAAUGCCCGACCUCAGGAAGGAGUACGACAGGUUGGCAGGACUGGAUUCCAGUAACACACUUUUCAUGGUCAUACUUUUUCCAUGCAAUAGUAAAGCAGUUUUAAUGAAUGAAUACAUUUGAAAAACGCAAAGUGUACUUGUAGAUAUUGGUAGAAAAUGAAGAUAUUCAGGAUUUCUGGGCCUAAAGUGCCCUCAAGCACUUAUUAUCAAUCACAAGUAUGUGGUUGAAAUAAACUCCCUUUCAACAAUAUCGAGCACUUAUUCCA